AUUUCAGCCUAUCAACGAGCCAGAAUAUCUUUCAGCAAUGGCGGCAAUAAAAAUUUUCAGUUUCAGAAAAUAAUACGUUUAUGCUAAAUGAUUGAUGAAUCAUACACUUUUUAACGUUUUGUUCAUAUCGCUGACACUGUGAACUUUCAAUGGUCCUCCAGCACCUUGCAGAAGAGCCAACUCUGGUUCAGGCAUGUUUCCAUGGUGACCCAGAGGAGGUGCGAUCUCUACUCUACAAGAAAGAAGAUGUGAACUAUCAGGAUGCAGAGAAGCGUACACCUCUGCAUGCAGCAUCCUACUGUGGGGAAGCUGAGAUUGCAGACUUACUCAUACUUAGUGGAGCUAGGGUGAAUACAAAAGACAACAAAUGGUUGACACCCUUGCAUAGGGCAUGUUGUUCCAGGAAUGAGGAUACUGUAGAGACAUUACUUAGGCACCAAGCUGAUGUGAAUGCUCGUGAUAAAAACUGGCAGACUCCGCUACACGUAGCAGCAGCGAAUAAUGCCGUAAAAUGUGCAGAAUAUAUCAUUCCAUUACUUACCAAUGUUAAUGUAUCAGACAGAGCAGGACGUACCAGUUUACAUCAUGCAGCUUUCAAUGGACAUAAAGAGAUGGUUCAGUUGCUCUUGGAGAAAGGUGCAACUAUUAAUGCGUUUGACAAGAAAGAUAGGAGGGCCAUACACUGGGCUGCAUAUAUGGGCCAUGUUGAGGUUGUCAGACUUCUUGUUAACUUUGGUGCAGAACUCAACUGCAGGGAUAAACAGAUGUAUACCCCAUUACACUGUGCUACAGCCAGUGGUCAAGUGAGUGUCAUCAAGCUGUUGUUAGAGCUUGGAGUAGAUGCUGAUGCUGUCAAUGUGUAUGGUAACACAUGUCUACAUGUGGCAUGUCUCAAUGGACAAGAUGUUGUCGUCAACGAACUAUUGCUCAAUCAAGCUACUAUAGAUUCAUAUAACCACAAACACCAGACACCCCUGCAUUAUGCAGCAGCCUCCACUCAUGGUGCAAUGUGUCUGGAAAUACUCGUCAAUGAGGGUGCCAACACUAAUGUUCAAUGUAAAGAUGGCAGGACUCCACUACAUAUGACAGCCCUCCAUGGUCGUUUUACCCGUGCACAGACUCUUAUUCAACAUGGAGCUGUGGUAGAUUGUGAGGACCAUGAUAACAACACUGCUCUACACAUAGGGUCAAGAUAUGGUCAUGAGUUGCUAAUGAAUACACUGCUCUCUCAUGGAGCUGAGCCUUUAAGACGAGGGGUAUGUGGUAUGUUGCCUAUACACCUAACAGCACUGAAUGGUCACCUUGAUUGCACCCGCAAGCUGCUUAGCUGUACAGAAGACUUUGAUAUAGAUACUCCUGAUGACCUUGGCAGGAGUUGCUUACAUGCUGCAGCAUGUGGGGGAAAUGUUGAGGUGCUAGAGAUGCUUUUAAGUGCAGGUGCAGGAUUCCACCUCACUGAUCAGGAAGGUCGCCUACCUCUACAUUACGCCUCAGCCAAUGUCAACUACCAAUGUGUGUUGUGCCUGGUUGCCAUGGGGGAGGGUCUCAACAUCCAGGACUCUAGUGGGUGUGCCCCAUUACAUUAUGCAGCAGCGGCCGAUUCAGACGCCAAGGUUGUGGAACACUUGCUCAGGAAUGAUGCUAAUGCCAGUCUCAAAGACCACAACGGUUACAAUGCAGUACACUAUGCAGCCCUCAAGGGCCAUAAAAUACCACUACAAAUGCUUCUAGAUGCAGCAGCCACAGAUCUUCUUAGUAGGAAGUCAGUGCAGUCUGUCUCCUCUCCCUUACAUCUUGCAGCCUACAAUGGGCACAGUGAAGCAUUACAAGUCCUUAUGAAUUAUAUAAUGAAUUUAGAUAUACGAGACUCUGAAGGUAAAACCGCUCUCCAUUGCUGUGCAGUACAGGGUCACACAGAAUGCUGUGAUACAUUGGUGACACAGGGCAAAGCUUCCAUACUCACAUACGACAACAUAUCAAAAACCACUCCAGUGCAUUUAGCAGCAAGCAGGGGGCAUACAGAUUGUUUAAAAGUGUUCAUAGACAACACAGAGUGUCUACAAGAGGUUUUAGACUGCACAGAUGAGCAAGAUAGAACGCCUCUGAUGUUCGCUGUUGGUAAUGGUCAUGUAGAUUCUGUACUACUACUUAUAAGCCAAGGGGCUAAUAUACAUGCUCGGGAUAUUUUUGGCAGGACAGCCUUGCAUCGAGGGGCAGCCAAUGGUCAUGAGGAGUGUGUAGAUGCCUUGCUACAUAAUGGUGCUGAUGCUGGGAGCAGGGACAUCAGAGGUAGAACCCCACUGCACCAGGCAGCAUCAGGGGGUCAUGUAGGCAUGCUGGGGGCAUUACUUCAGGUGGGACCUUCAUGUUGUGUAGAAGACAAGAAACAAUACACACCCCUGCAUUGGGCCGCAUAUAAUGGCCAUGAUAGCUGUGUUGAGUUAUUACUGGAGCAUGAUGAACACAUGGAAUUUAAAGGCAACUUGUUCAAUCCUCUGCAUUGUGCAGCGAUCAAUGGGAAUGAUACGUGUACAGAACUCUUAUUGGAGAUGAAUGGAGAAAAAAUUACAAAUACAUGUGAUAGUAAAAAUAGGUCACCCCUCCAUGCUGCAGCAUUCAAUGAUCAAUGUGAAUCCCUCCAACUACUACUAAACCAUGGGGCUGAUGUUAACAAAGCAGACUCCAUUGGGAAAACCGCACUCAUGUUUGCUGCCUCUAAUGGUCAAUGUGGAGCUAUAGAGAUCUUACUGGACAGUGGGGCAGAUGUAGGAUUAACAGAUGAGGAGAAGAACUCAGCGCUCCACCAUGCAUGUUUUAAUGGCCAUGAGAGUGCCUCCUUGUUGCUGUUGGAAAAAAUAGAAGACCCUGUUAUAGCAAACAUUACCAAUAUUGAGCUCAGGACGCCUCUGCAUAUUGCUGCAGGGAAGGGUCUCAUUCCUGUUGUUCAAACACUCAUCUCAAAAGGAGCCAGUGUUUUAGCUGUAGAUGAAAAUGGCUACACCCCAGCACUUUCAUGUGCCCCUAAUGCUCAAGUUGCCGAUUGUCUUGCUAUCAUACUAGCUCAGAUGAUGCCAUUCAACCCCAAUAACUCAUUCAAACCACCAUCCCGUAUCAACAGUGGUACUAUUAAUCUUGGUAGUUUAGGUGGUAGGAGUUUAGAUAAUACUGUUGACAGUCCUGGUAGUUUACAAGAUGGCAAGGAACACUCUGGGAGUGUACAGAGUUCAGAUUCUGAGUUCUACUAGCUGACAAUGGAGGUCUUCUUCACCCAGCAUGCAUCACCACUCAACAGGUUUAUCUAUCCCAGUUUGCAACAUGUCAAACAUACAAAGGAUAUUGAUGUGUGUUAAGCUAUCUCAGGUUUACAAUUCUGCUGGCCUAAAGUAUAGAAGCCCAUAGCAUAAUAACAGGAGCCUACCUUGCCCCAGAAUGCACUGCUACACACAUAUGAUAUGUGCCAAUUUCUGCAUGCAAAAUGAAACAUCUAAAUAAUACCUCUACGAUUGUGUUAUCAUUAUUAUGUCACCACCA